CGCCCCUCCCCCCUGUUGUGGUUAUUGGCAGUUAUUGGUUCCUGCUCUUGGGCUGUGUUGCUUGUGUUUAGCUCAAUUUUCUUCAUUUGGCAGUUUCUUUUGUUGUGUGUCAACUAAUUUUUGCCACCAAGAUGCCCCCCAAGCAACGUAAAAUCGCUAUUUUGGGCUAUCGUUCCGUGGGCAAAUCAUCACUGAGUAUUCAGUUUGUUGAAGGGCAGUUUGUUGAUUCUUAUGACCCAACCAUAGAAAAUACUUUCACCAAAUCAACGAAAGUCAAUAGUCAAGAAUAUGAAGUCAAGGUUGUAGAUACUGCAGGUCAGGAUGAAUAUUCAAUUUUCCCUGCUCAGUACUCAAUGGAUAUCCAUGGGUAUGUCCUUGUAUAUUCAAUAACUUCAGAGAAGUCCUUUGAUGUUGUUCAAGUUAUCUAUGAGAAACUGCUGGACAUGACUGGCAAAGUACAUCUCCCAAUUGUUCUGGUUGGAAACAAGACAGAUUUGCAUAUGGAGAGAAUGAUUAGCUGUGAAGAAGGGAAAAGGCUCGCUGAGUCCUGGAAGGCUGGGUUCCUAGAGACAUCUGCAAAACAAAAUGAGUCUGUCGGAGAGAUUUUCCACACACUUAUUUUGGAGAUUGAAAAGGCUAAUGGCAACGUACAAGAGAAGUCUUCAUGCAUUAUCUCUUGAACACAGGUAAUUUUAACAAAAACACCUCUCUAGGACAACAAUUCUGUAUUGUAUUCAAAAUAUCUCUUUGCUUCAGGCAUGACGUGACCAUUUUAAUUUGUUGUUGUGGUUUUAAUUACCAACGGUUGUAGCUUUAUUUUUUUAAAUUUUAUUUUAUGAUUUCUACAGAACUAUGAAUAUCAGCACAACUGUAAGAAUAAUGCUGGAGCUAGAAAAGUAAAUGUUGGGGUAACAUAGCAAUUCAGCUUAGCAAGUGUUAUUGCUGUGCCAUUCCAACUGCAUGGUUCUCUCCAUUUUAAUUUUGGGCUAAUUGUGAAUGACUUGGUCACAUUUCGUUGUAUUAUGGUGCCAAGGACUUCGCCUAUCCCAAUUCUCAGCUCCAAAAGCUUCUUAAUCCACGAUUUUUUUUUCCAAGCAUGUGCAGGGUAGUAAAUGUGCUUCUUUGAUCUGGAUUCACUUCAAACUUUGAGAUAUCUUUUGUUUUAAAAACGUGCCAACUAUAAUGUAGCCCACCCAUAUUUCUUCUUUUAUUUUCCUUCAAUUUUUUUUCCUUGGCUGUAUGAAUGGUAUUUAAGGAUAAUUCAGUUUAGGGAUAGUGUAGGUUCCAUGGGUCCAUUUUAUGUAAGUUUUUCUUAAUAAAUCUUUCUAAGGUGUCUCAUGAAGUUUCUUUAGACACAUGCAUUUGUUUGUCUCAAGACUCUGAUCAGAAGACAUUUUUAAUUUUGGUGUAUAGAGCUUUAAUAUGCUUACUGAUCUCUGACCUCCCAGUAAAAUAAAAUAACAUUGUAUUCUCAUGUGAACCAGCAUGUCCCUUCUUGAAACCUCAAGGCUGAUAAUAAUGAUUUCAGUGUUCAUAAUUGUGGCGUCCUUGCCACUUUUUCAGCAAUUGCUUGAUUGUUCUUAAUUUUUCAUGUUUUAUUACUCUUGUUAAUAUUUAUGUACAAAGUGUAAGACAUUUAGGUUUGUGUGCAUAAUAUUGUCUUGUAAAAUGACGAAAUAAUAACCUAAUUGGAGACCAGAUGGACCAGUGAGUUCAGUGUUGUCUAUCUAAAACUGUACUCUGUAAUUCAUCCUUAUCAAAUCGGAUGUUUAGAGAAUCGGUGUAAUCACCUACUGUAUCAAGUCGUGUUCCUUUUACAUACAUGAGAGACUGUUCCUAAAUGUUUGCUUUCAAACUUGCAGGUGCACAAUAUUUCAAACUAAAACUAAGGAGUGGUCCACACAUUACUUGAACUGUCGUAUGUCUGUGAACAUAACUCACACAAGUUCAUGCAGUAGAGCAAGAUGGUGCUGUACUUGGUUAGCUUGCUUGAUUGAUUCUAUGGGGUGAAUAUAUCUGAUGUUUCUGUUCUUAUUUGCUCAGGGUAUGAGGUUCUUGGAUGCUAACAACUCUGUUGCCUUAUUCAACCCAAAAGUUUGAAUGAAAAAAAAAUGUUUUAGCUCUUUUUUUUUUCUCUUGUUUUAUUGAAAUAGUGAAAUUACCUGUUGUUUCUCAAAGGUUUUAUCUGAACAGCCACUUAUGUGAUACAUUUAAUUAAAGAGUGAAUGUUGUUCAGUUAAAAUCCCAGCUCACUUGCUUUACAUCUGUGCUAUGUUUUUUGAUAACUUCUGUGAAAGUCUCCUAUUCUAGACCCCUUCCCUUAGCAUUAUUAAUCAGGAAAACAACCUAAAUACAAAUAAAAUUUGAGUGAAAAGAGCUUUCCUUGCAAGUUCCAAAUGCUAAAAAAAAUACAAAAUUACUAUCACAAGUAGGGAAAGCAAUAAUGAAUUCUGUUGUACCUUGCAUUGUUUCCUUUGUGUGAGUGGUGAUAUCAUUAGUAGUUCUGGGCUCUCGACUCGCCCAGUGCCUUUGUGCUACUACCUUACCCGAUGGUAGUACUUGUAACUUGAACAUAAUGUUAGAUAGUUUAUGGUUGUUGGAUAAUUUCUGUUAUUUGCCUUAUUUGAGGCGGAAUCUAUGUAAGGCAAUAUAAUUGCCAGUGCUGUGUGUUGUGUGUGUGCGUGUCAGUGUAAUUAUUACCUUUGUUAUCUAUUGUACAUUCUUAUGCAUUAAAGGGUUGGAACUAUA